AUGUUCGUUCCGCAUUUCUGCAGUUCUAUGGUGCGUAGCCAAAGCCGGGAAGCACAACAGCGUUUGGCUGUCGCACAUCAGACCUUUUCGCGCCAUCGCAAACUGCUGCUGCAAAAUCCUGGCAUCCCUUUGGCCAAAAGAAGAGAACUAUUUGAGUCGCUAGUGAUGAGUGCCUUCACAUAUGGGAUGGAGUCGUGGUGCUUUAUGGAUCAACAAUCCAAGUCCAUGGUUCACAACGGCAUCAUGAAGUUGUACAAGCGGUUCUUGAAGCAUCCGCAUGAUGUACCAGUUACAGAUGAGCAGGUUUUGGCGAGCAGUGGACUCCCAUCUCCAUCGGAGGUGCUCAGGCGUGCGCGACUUCGCUACUUGGGCACUCUAUAUGCUUGUGGACCCGCAGCGGAAUGGGGCUUGCUCUUCAGCGACAAAUCCUGGCGUGAAUUAGUACGAGAUGAUCUCAGCUGGUUAUGGCGCCAAUUGUGGAACAGCAGUGCUUUGGAAGACCCGAGUCUCCAUUUUCCAGCUUGGGAAUAUUUGCUCCGCUACCAUAGAGGAUACUGGAAGAGACUUGUCACCAGAGGCAUGAAGCAUGCAGUGCAACAGCGCAAGAACCGUGUUUGGGUUGGCGAUUUUCACCAACGAGUUUUCCAUCAUCUUCAAGAACAAGGGGAGCUCGGGGCAAAAGAAGCCGCCUAUGUGUCGGAAUUUGCUGAUUCAGCCUUUUUUGGCUGCAUGCGAUGCGGGGUCAAGUGUGCCACACGAGCUGGUGAAGGCAUUGGUUCGCAGCAAUGUCAGGAACAGCAACGACAACAUGAUGGACUGGUGCCCCACUUGCAGGCGCAAGGGCCGCAACAGAUGCCUGGUCUCCAUCGACCCUUUGAUUUGGAGAAUGGAGAGCUCGUGGCAAUGAUAUUGGAUCUUGCAAGUCAGCAUUCCAGCCCCACGCGUCUGGAGACUGAGAUCAGACAGGCAAGUGAAGAGCUGAUCAUCUCAUGGACGGACUACACAGCGACGUUGCGACUUUGUAUGGUGCAGUACUCUGCCGAGGUGGCUGAGGAUAUUGGACACCCUGUCGAGACCAUGAUGACCAUCUUUAGCCGCCUUGGAGAUGCAAUGACUUGGCUGUUUCUAUGCCAGAGUGGCCGAGAGCGACAUCGUGGACCGGAUCAAGUUGCCCACUAUGAAGAUUGGUGUGCACGGCUUUGUGACCAAGAUUGUCCAGCUUGGACCUCUGCGUCUGUGCCGAGACCCAUUGGCAGAGAACGUGUGGUUCUGCACGCUUUCAGUGGAAGGAGAAGGCAGGGAGAUUAUCAAUGGUUCCUCGAGAAGUUGCUGCCCACAGGGUAUGUGCAUGGAUUCCUUGGCGGGCCCCCCUGUUGCACUUUUUCGAAAGCGCGCUCUGUGGCCUUAGAAGCUGUGCAGCCUCGACGAGCUCCCCGUCCAGUUCGAUCUGCUGUAGAUUUGUGGGGUCUUCUCUCGCUAUCGCUCAGGGAACUGGAUGCAGUGAUGGAGGGCAACGUUUUGCUGAGCUUCUGUAUCGAGGCCAUCUUUGCGCUGGCGAUGAUGGGACGGCAAGGUUUGCUCGAGCACCCGGCAGAACCAGAUGAAGAGAGCGCACCGUCCAUCUGGAAGAUCCCCAUUGUUCAGCUUCUGAUGCGCAUGCCAAAUGUACAGAAGGUUAAUUUCGCACAAGGACUCUUCGGAGCCUCAAGUAGCAAGCCCACAACUCUCUUGGCUGCGAAUUCACCUGAUCUAAUUCAGAUUUUGAGGAAGUGGCAUCUCACAGCUGAUAAUCCCAGGUCUGUGAAUAUAGGCAAGGAUGGCCACGGGCAAUUCCGUACGGCCCAUUUGAAGGAGUAUCCUCCUGCCCUGUGUGCGGCCCUUGCUGAAGCAACCUGGAAUGCCACUUGCAUGGCGCCGAGCGAAGAUCAUGUACAGCUGCCUGGUGAUUUUCGCGCAGUAUGA